UAUUCAUAUUGACCCAUAUGAUAUGCAAUGAAUCUUUAGAACUCUAGCUAGACCAAUUGUUUUAGACUAGAUCUAGACUCUAAAUAGUAAACAUUGAAAAUUUGCACGUGUGAUAACCUUCUUUUAACAAAAUUAAAAAUUAAUUCUAGAUCUAUUUGGUAUUAAUGUAGGUGGUCAGAUACGCAGAAUCAGAUUACUCAUUCAAGAUUCAAGUCAAUCAAUCAUUCUGAAUCUGAUCUACAAUUGUUUUCAAUGGCUCAAUCAGAAUAUGCCAAGCGAUUAUUAAAAAAGCAAGGUUGGAAAGAAGGUUCUGGUUUAGGAAAAAAGGAACAUGGGAUAGCUGAUCCCAUAAAAGUCACUCUAAAAAUGGACAAAACAGGGGUUGGUCAUGAUCCAGGUAAAGAGUUUACUGACCACUGGUGGUUGAGAGUUUUCAAUGAAGCUGCUCAGAAAAUAGGGAAAAAGAAAGAGAUUACUGAAAAUGAUGAGAAAAAAAAGAAAGCUGAUGAUAAAAAGAAUUUUUAUAAAGGUUUUGUGAAGAGCUCUACUUUAACAAAUGGCGUAGAACUGAGUUCCAAAGAUUCAGAAUCAAGUGAAGAGGAGUCUGAAUCAAAUCCUGAUGCAAGAUUACCAACACUAGAUGACAUUCAUACAUUUUGUGGAGGUGCCACAGGACAUAGGGCAGCCAUGUUUGGAAUAAAAAUGAAAGGGAAAUUGAGCAGAGUGGCAGAGCAAGAAGCCAAUUUUGAAAAAGAAUUGAAUAAUAAAAAUAAAGCAUUACCCAACGGAGAUAGUACUGUUCAUUCUGGAAAUACAAAGAGCCAGAAGGUGAAGAGAAAAAAAAGAAAAAUUUCAAGCGAGGCAACAGAUACUCCUAGUCUUGAAGAACAGGAAGUAUUCAAUCAUGAAAAUUGUGAUAAAGUAAAAAAGAAGAAGAAAAGGAGAAGAGAAGACAAAGAAAUGUUUCCUCUGGAUAUAGGUGACAACAAUAAAGAAGACAUGGAACAAAAAGUGAAAAAGAAAAAACAGAAAAAUGAACUGCUUGAAGAGACUGUUAGUAAAAAGAAAAAGGAAUUACUAGAAGAAAUUAACUCUGAAGAGACUGUUAGCAAAAAGAAAAGCAAAAAAAAAAAAAAAGAGAUGUGUUGACAUACAAUUGUAAAUAAUAAAUAAUACAUAAAGUAAUUGUUUAAAAUAA